AUGAGUCGCCAGACGGUCGUUUCGACCGCUUCGAUGCUGCAGCCCAGGAGCUUACCUCUUACUCCCACCCGCGAAAAUUGUCGCCAUGGUUAUAUCGGUGGAUAUGCAGUGUCUCUUGUUGGCGGGGCGAGAACGACCGAGGACGUUGAUCUCAUCGUCGAUGCGGACCUGGCCAGCGUACGACAACUGCUACUCCAGGUGUCCGGCUUCCAAUUGACCGGUGCCAAUAGUCUGGUUUUCAAGCACAAUAACGAUGCAAUCAAAGUUGAGAUCCUUCGUGGCGGCGAAGCUCGACAGAUGAAGCUACCUGAUGCCAACUCCGUUCCUCUCCACUACAUAUCCGCCAGUAGCAUACCAGGGCGCGAUGGCGAUACACCGAAUUCGGGAGAAUGGCCAAAUCUGUAG